AUGGACACAAUCAAUAGCCUGUCGGCACGUGUUUUAAGCAAAGCACUCCAGAAGUCUGAUUCAUUCCCCGGUAUCUCUCUCAAGACGCAGACAUCGCAUUUGAGCAAUUCGAUGAAGCAACACCACACGUCGAUGUACAAAGAGGAGAGGAGACUUUUAGCGAAAGGCGCAGACAAGGCAAGUACAUUGUUACAAGGACAAUGUGUGCAUUGCAGUGUUGCAGCAUUGCACACGGUGGACGGGCUAACUACAACCGUGCACAACGCUCCGUAUGAGCAUCUUAAGAGAUCUGACACAUUGGAAAAGAAGCAGUUAGUGGCACAACGUUAUCGUCUAGACACAAUCCGCACCACUGCUUUGGCAUUAGUUGAUGCCUAG